CGUUCCUGAUGACCGGGAUGAUCCUGAGAUCAUCAUGAACACCACAACGUAUUACUACUCAGUCCGGAUAUUUGCAGGCCAAGAGCCCACUUGUGUGUGGGUAGGCUGGGUGACACCCGAUUACCACCAGCAUGACAUGAACUUUGACCUCACAAAGGUGCGCAAUGUCACAGUCACCAUGGGUGAUGACAAGGGAAACAUCCACGACAGCAUCAAGAGAAACAACUGCUACAUGGUUUGGGGAGGGGAUUUUGUCAGCAGUACCCAGCAGACCCGAGUUAGCACAAUGGACCUGGUGAUCGGUUGCCUUGUUGAUCUGGCGACAGGGCUCAUGACUUUCACAGCCAAUGGGAAAGAAGUCAACACUUUCUUCCAGGUGGAGCCCAACACAAAACUCUUCCCCGCUGUUGUCGUUCUCCCAACAAACCAGAAUGUGAUCCAGUUUGAACUUGGCAAACUGAAGAAUAUUAUGCCUAUAUCAGCUGCCAUGUUCCGCAGUGAGCGGAAGAACCCGGAACCCCAGUGCCCACCUCGCCUUGGCAUCCAGAUGCUGGCACCAAUGACCUGGAGCCGUAUGCCCAAUGAGUUUCUACGGGUGGACGUUGCUCGCUUUAGUGACCGCCAUGGCUGGAUGGUUGAAUGCAUGGAACCAAACAUAAUGAUGGCUCUCCACAUCCCAGAGGAAAAUCGAUGCAUAGACAUUCUGGAACUGUCCGAGCGUCAGGACCUGUUAACAUUUCAUUCCCAUACCCUGAAGUUGUACUGUGCCGUGUGUGCCUUGGGCAACAACCGGGUGGCCCAUGCCCUGUGCAGCCAUGUGGACGAGUCACAAUUGCUUUACACCAUUGAAAGCAACCAUCUGCCAGGCUUGCUGCGUAGUGGCUACUACGACCUCCUUAUCAGCAUGCACCUAGAAUCAGCCAAACGUUCCCGCCUCAUGAUGAACAGCGAGUUCAUUGUCCCCAUGACAGAUGAGACUAAGAGCAUCACGCUGUUCCCGGAUGGGACGAAGAAGCCUGGGCUGCCUGGAGUGGGUAUGAGCACCUGCCUGCGUCCCCCGCUCCAUUUCUCAGAUGCCUGCUUCGUCAGCACCAGCUCUGAGCUCUACCAGCUGAGUCCUUCCAUCCCCUUGGAUGUGCUGAAAGUGAAGGCCAUCAACAUGCUGACAGAGGCUGUCCAAGAUGGGGGGCAACAUACCCGUGACCCUGUCGGGGGCAGUGUGGAGUUCCAGUUUGUGCCAGUUCUCAAGCUGGUCUGUACCCUCCUCAUCAUGGGUGUGUUUGAGGAUGAGGAUGUGCGCCAUAUCCUCAAAAUGAUUGAUCCCAUCGUCUUUGGAGAAUCCAAGGAAGAGGAGGAAUUGCCUGCUGGAGGGGAGCAGAAGGAAGAAGCUGAAGAAGGUAAAAAGCAGGAGCUGAAAGCCAUUGAGGCUGGAGAAGCUGAACCCAAAGAGGAUGAAGAAGGAUUGGAAGAGGGUCUGCUGCAAAUGAAGCUUCCCGAAUCAGUCAAGCUGCAGAUGUGCAACCUGCUGCAAUUCUUCUGGGACCGCGAGCUGCAACACCGCGUGGAAGCCAUCAUUGCUUUCUCGGAGCGCUACGUGGACAGGCUGCAGACCAACCAACGGCAGCGUUACUGCACGCUGAUGGAAGCCAUCUCCAUGUCAGCUGCGGAGACCGCCCGGCGCACCCGUGAAUUCCGCUCCCCUCCCCAGGAGCAGAUCAACAUGCUGCUACAAUUUAAGAAUGGUGCUGAUAUAGAGGACUGCCCGGUACCUGAAGAGAUCCGAGAUGAACUGCUGGAAUUUCAUACCGACCUGCUAGCCCAUUGUGGAAUCCAAAGCGAGGGGGAAGAGGAAGAGGAGGAGGAAGACACUUCUUUUCACCGGCGGUUGAUGAGUUUGGUGGAGAAGGUGGUGAGCUUCCGCAAGAAGAAAGAAGAACAGGACGAUGAGCAGGCCCCAGAAGAGGAACCAAAGCCCAGCACGUUGCAAGAGCUGAUCUCACACACGAUGGUCCACUGGGCGCAAGAGUCUUUCAUCCAGAACCCAGAGCUAGUUCGGUUGAUGUUCAGCCUUCUCCAUCGGCAAUAUGAUGGCCUUGGUGAGCUAAUCCGUGCCCUGCCCAAGGCCUAUACCAUCAAUGCCAACUCAGUGGAGGAUACCAUGAGUCUUCUGGAGUGCCUGGGGCAGAUCCGCUCGCUGCUCAUUGUUCAGAUGGGACCCGAGGAAGAGAACCUGAUGAUACAGAGUAUUGGCAAUAUUAUGAACAACAAAGUUUUCUACCAGCAUCCCAACCUGAUGAGAGCCCUGGGAAUGCAUGAGACUGUCAUGGAGGUGAUGGUGAACGUCCUGGGAGGAGGGGACUCAAAGAUCCGCUUCCCCAAAAUGGUGACCAAUUGUUGCCGCUUCUUGUGCUACUUCUGCCGUAUUAGUCGCCAGAACCAACGUUCCAUGUUUGACCAUCUCACCUACCUGCUGCAGAACAGCGGGAUCGGGCUGGCUCCUCCAGGCAUGCGAGGAUCCACUCCCCUAGAUGUGGCUGCUGCUUCUGUCAUUGAUAACAACGAGCUGGCCCUGGCGCUGCAGGAGCAAGAUCUGGAAAAGGUGGUGACCUACCUUGCUGGCACUGGCCUCCAGAGCUGCCCUAUGUUGCUGUCCAAGGGAUAUCCUGACAUUGGUUGGAACCCCUGUGGAGGCGAGCGAUACCUGGAUUUCCUGCGCUUCACUGUCUUUGUCAAUGGUGAGAGUGUGGAGGAGAACGCCAAUGUGGUUGUGCGUCUGUUGAUCCGUCGCCCUGAGUGCUUUGGCCCGGCCCUGCGUGGGGAAGGAGGCAAUGGGCUGCUGGCAGCCAUAGAAGAGGCCAUCCAGAUCUCUCAGGAUCCUGCCCGGGAUGGGCCUACCAUCAAGAAAGAUCGCCGUCGGGAAUUAUUUGGAGGAGAAGAAACUCAUGAAGAGUACCGGGUCCAUUUGGGCAACGCAAUCAUGUCCUUUUAUGCUGCCCUCAUUGAUUUGCUGGGACGCUGUGCCCCUGAGAUGCACCUCAUCCAGGCUGGGAAGGGGGAAGCCCUCCGGAUCAGAGCAAUCUUGCGUUCCUUAGUGCCCAUUGAAGACCUCGUCGGAGUCAUCAGCCUCCCACUGCAGAUCCCUUCAUUCGGCAAAGAUGGCAAUGUCAUUGAGCCCAAGAUGUCCGCCAGCUUUGUGCCUGACCACAAGGCACCCAUGGUGUUGUUUUUGGACCGUGUGUAUGGCAUUGAGAACCAGGACUUCCUUCUCCAUGUGCUAGAAGUGGGCUUUCUGCCUGACAUGAGAGCUGCAGCCUCCUUGGACACAGCUGCCUUUAGCACCACAGAGAUGGCCCUCGCCAUGAACCGCUACCUCUGCCUGGCUGUGCUGCCACUCAUCACCAAAUGCGCCCCUCUCUUUGCUGGCACGGAGCACCGGGCUAUCAUGGUGGAUUCCAUGCUGCACACCAUCUACCGGCUGUCCCGUGGGCGCUCCCUUACCAAGGCCCAGCGCGAUGUCAUUGAAGAGUGCCUCAUGGCGCUGUGCAAGUAUAUCCGGCCCUCCAUGCUCCAGCAUCUUCUCCGCCGGCUGGUAUUUGAUGUGCCCAUCCUCAAUGAAUUUGCCAAAAUGCCUCUCAAGCUGCUGACUAAUCAUUAUGAGCGUUGCUGGAAGUAUUAUUGCCUUCCCACUGGUUGGGCCAACUAUGGGGUCACUUCGGAGGAGGAACUUCAUCUGACACGGAAACUCUUCUGGGGCAUCUUUGAGUCAUUGUCCCAUAAGAAAUUUGACCCCGAUCUGUACAAGCUGGCCAUGCCCUGCCUGUGUGCCAUUGCUGGCGCCAUUCCCCCUGACUACGUGGACGCUAGCUACUCUUCCAAAACUGAGAAGAAGGCUUCUGUAGAUGCUGAGGGCAACUUUGAUCCCAAGCCUGUGGAAACACUGAAUGUCAUCAUUCCUGAGAAGCUGGACUCUUUCAUCAACAAGUAUGCUGAGUACACUCAUGAGAAGUGGGCUUUUGACAAGAUCCAAAAUAACUGGUCCUUUGGGGAGGCAGUUGAUGAGCAGGCCAAGACAAAUCCUAUGUUGCGUCCUUAUAAAACAUUUUCUGAAAAGGAUAAGGAAAUUUACCGAUGGCCAAUCAAAGAAUCUCUGAAGGCCAUGAUUGCUUGGGAGUGGAUGAUUGAAAAAGCCCGUGAGGGCGACGAGGAGAAAACUGAAAAGAAAAAAACACGCAAGAUCUCACAGUCAGCUCAGGGCCAUGGUUACAAUCCUCAGCCAAUAGAUCUGUCUGGAGUGACCCUUUCCAGGGAACUACAGGCCAUGGCGGAGCAGCUGGCUGAGAACUAUCACAACACCUGGGGACGCAAGAAGAAAUUAGAGCUGGAAAGCAAAGGAGGUGGAACCCACCCCUUGCUGGUGCCUUAUGACACGCUGACUGCCAAGGAGAAGGCUCGGGACCGGGAAAAAGCUCAGGAGUUGCUUAAAUUCCUACAGCUUAAUGGCUAUGCUGUAACUCGGGGUUUGAAGGAUAUGGAAUUGGACACUUCAUCCAUUGAGAAACGCUUCGCCUUUGGAUUCCUGCAGCAGCUGCUGAAAUGGAUGGACAUCUCCCAGGAAUUCAUUGCCCACCUGGAGGCUGUGGUGAGCAGCGGACGAGUAGAGAAGUCCCCACAUGAGCAGGAGAUCAAGUUCUUUGCCAAGAUCCUGCUGCCCCUCAUCAACCAGUACUUCACCAACCAUUGCCUCUACUUCCUGUCCACCCCAGCCAAGGUCCUUGGCAGUGGAGGCCAUGCCUCCAACAAAGAGAAGGAGAUGAUAACUAGCCUUUUCUGCAAACUGGCAGCCCUGGUCAGGCACCGGGUCUCUCUCUUUGGUACCGAUGCUGCUGCUGUGGUUAACUGCCUCCACAUCCUUGCUCGCUCCUUGGAUGCCAGGACAGUGAUGAAAUCAGGCCCUGAAAUUGUCAAAGCUGGGCUACGGUCCUUCUUUGAAAGUGCCUCAGAUGACAUUGAGAAGAUGGUGGAGAACCUCAAGCUUGGCAAAGUGUCCCAAUCCCGCACUCAAGUCAAGGGCGUGGGGCAGAACAUCACCUACACCACCGUGGCCCUGCUGCCUGUCCUCACCUCCCUCUUCGAACACAUCGCCCAGCACCAGUUUGGGGACGAUGUCAUUUUGGAUGAUGUACAGGUCUCCUGCUACCGAACUCUGUGCAGUAUCUACUCAUUGGGGACAACCAAAAAUCCAUACGUGGAGAGACAGAGGCCACAGCUUGGAGAAUGCUUGGCACGGCUGGCAGCAGCGAUGCCGGUGGCCUUCCUCGAGCCACAUCUGAACGAAUACAACCCUUGCUCUGUUUACACCACCAAGUCCCCAAGGGAGCGAGCCAUCUUAGGCCUACCAAACUGUGUGGAGGAGAUGUGUCCAGACAUCCCAGUCCUGGAGAAGCUGAUGAAGGACAUCAAUGGGCUGGCAGAGUCAGGGGCUCGCUAUACCGAAAUGCCCCACGUAAUUGAGGUCACCUUGCCAAUGCUUUGCAACUACUUGCCCCGUUGGUGGGAGCGGGGUCUGGAGACCAAUGCUCAGGGGCCCUGGUGCACCGAAGUGACUUCUGACCACCUCAACACCUUGCUAGGAAACAUCCUGAAGAUCAUUGUCAACAACCUGGGCAUAGACGAAGCUUCUUGGAUGAAGCGGUUGGCUGUCUUUGCUCAGCCCAUUGUCAGCAAGGCAAAGCCUGAACUCCUGCGUUCCCAUUUCAUCCCAACCAUGGAGAAACUGAAGAAGCGAGCUGGGAAAGUGGUUGCUGAGGAGGAACAGCUGCGGUUGGAGGCCAAGACAGAAUCGGAGGACACAGAGCUCCUAAUCCGGGAUGAGUUUUCAGUGCUGUGUCGAGACCUCUACGCCCUGUAUCCAUUGCUGAUCCGCUAUGUGGACAACAGCAGGGCCCACUGGUUGACAGAGCCCAACUCAGAUGCUGAGGAGCUGUUCCGGAUGAUUGGGGAAGUGUUCAUUUACUGGUCCAAGUCACACAACUUUAAGCGAGAAGAGCAGAACUUUGUUGUUCAGAAUGAAAUCAACAACAUGUCCUUCCUGACAGCUGACAGCAAAAGCAAAAUGUCCAAGUCAGGUGGCUCAGACCAGGAACGGCACAAGAAGAAGCGCCGGGGGGACCGCUAUUCUGUCCACACGUCCCUCAUUGUGGCCACACUGAAGAAGAUGCUUCCCAUUGGCCUGAACAUGUGCUCCCCAACUGACCAAGAGCUGAUCAGCCUGGCCAAGAUACGCUAUGCCCUGAAAGACACUGAUGAAGAGGUGCGUGAAUAUCUCAACAACAACCUACAUCUUCAAGGCAAGUGUGAGAAUUCCUCCUCCAUGCGCUGGCAGUUGGCUCUCUACAAGGAGAUGUCUGGGAAGGCCGAGGACUCCAACAAGCCAGAGAAGAUUGUCAAACGGGUGCAAGAGGUCUCUGCAGUGCUCUACCACCUGGAGCAGUUAGAGCACCCAUACAAAUCCAAGAAAGCUGUGUGGCACAAAUUGCUCUCCAAGCAACGGCGGCGUGCAGUGGUUGCGUGCUUCCGCAUGACGCCCCUCUAUAACCUGCCCAGGCAUCGGGCUUGCAACAUGUUCCUGGAGAGCUACAAGUACUCCUGGAUCUUCACUGAAGAACACCCCUUUGAAGACAGAAUGAUUGAUGAUCUGUCUAAACCUGGACAGCAAGAAGAGGAAGAGGAAGAGGAGGAGGAAAAGAAGCCAGACCCUUUGCAUCAGCUCAUUCUACAUUUUAGCAGGACGGCGUUAACAGAAAAGAGCAAACUGGAUGAAGACUAUCUGUACAUGGCAUAUGCUGACAUCAUGGCCAAGAGCUGCCACAUUAAUGAAGAAGAAGAAGAAGGCAAUGGGGAAGAGGAAGAAGAUGAAGUGCCAUUUGAGGAAAAGGAGAUGGAGAAGCAGAAGCUUUUGUACCAACAAUCUCGACUUCACAAUCGUGGAGCAGCUGAGAUGGUCCUGCAAAUGAUUAGCGCUUGUAAAGGGGAGCCUGGAGCCAUGGUCGCCUCUACUCUGAAAUUGGGUAUCUCCAUCCUAAAUGGUGGCAAUGAGGAUGUACAGCAGAAAAUGCUGGAUUAUCUGAAGGAGAAACGUGAGGUGGGAUUCUUCCAGAGCGUCCAGGCACUAAUGCAGACAUGCAGUGUGCUGGAUCUCAAUGCUUUUGAGAGGCAAAACAAAGCUGAAGGACUUGGGAUGGUGACAGAAGAAGGAACAAGAGAGAAGGUGAUGGCCGACGACUUGUUUACACAGGACCUCUUUCGGUUCCUGCAACUCCUUUGUGAAGGACACAACAAUGAUUUCCAGAACUAUCUGCGGACCCAAACUGGCAACACCAACACAAUCAACAUCAUUAUCUGCACCGUUGACUACCUUCUGCGCCUUCAGGAAUCCAUCAGCGAUUUUUACUGGUAUUAUUCGGGCAAGGACGUGAUUGAUGAUCAAGGCAAACGCAACUUCUCCAAAGCGAUGGCUGUAGCCAAACAGGUCUUCAACAGCCUCACCGAGUACAUCCAGGGGCCUUGCACUGGGAACCAGCAGAGUUUAGCGCACAGCAGAUUGUGGGACGCUGUCAUCGGUUUCCUCCAUGUCUUUGCUCACAUGAUGAUGAAAUUGGCUCAGGAUUCUAGCCAAAUUGGACUUCUGAAGGAGCUGUUGGACCUUCAAAAGGACAUGGUGGUGAUGUUGCUGUCUCUGCUGGAAGGAAAUGUGGUAAAUGGCACCAUUGCUCGGCAGAUGGUGGACAUGUUGGUGGAGUCCUCCAGCAACGUGGAGAUGAUCCUCAAAUUCUUUGAUAUGUUCUUGAAGCUGAAGGACAUUGUGGCAUCAGAUGCCUUCCGGGAUUACAUCACAGAUCCACGGGGCCUCAUCUCCAAGAAGGACUUCCAGAAGGCCAUGGACAGUCAGAAGCAGUACACACCAUCUGAGAUCCAGUUCCUUCUGUCCUGCUCAGAGGCUGAUGAGAAUGAGAUGAUAGACUAUGAAGAGUUUGCCAGCCGUUUCCAGGAGCCUGCCAAAGAUAUUGGCUUCAAUAUUGCUGUGCUGCUGACAAACCUCUCAGAGCACAUGCCUCAUGACAUCCGACUCAAGACCUUCCUGGAACUGGCAGAAUGCAUCCUCAAUUACUUUAAUCCCUAUCUGGGCCGCAUUGAGAUUAUGGGUGCCAGCAAACGCAUUGAGCGCAUCUACUUUGAGAUCAGUGAGACCAAUAAGACCCAGUGGGAAAUGCCCCAGGUCAAGGAAUCCAAGAGACAGUUCAUCUUUGAUGUGGUCAAUGAAGGGGGUGAGUCAGAGAAGAUGGAGCUCUUCAUCAACUUCUGUGAGGACACAAUCUUUGAGAUGCAGAUUGCAGCACAGAUUUCAGAGGAGGAAGGACAGGAAGAGGAAGAGGAGGAAGAAGAAGCAGAAGGGAUAGAAAGUGGGGAAGCUGAGAAGGUGUCAGCACCUUCAGAGGCAUCUUCAGUCUUUGGUGAGUUCCUGGAGAGUGUCCUGAAUUUCUUCCGCAUGUUCACGUAUCGCAAUAUCCGCCGACAGUUCCGCAAAGUCAAGAAGAUGACAGUCAAAGAGAUGGCAGUGGGAGUGGCCACCUUCCUUUACACCAUCUUGAUGGGCAUCCUUUUCUUCUUCUACAAUGUCCUCAAGGGCUUCUUCCUCCUCAUCUGGAACACACUGUUUGGUGGAGGCUUGGUGGAGGAGGCCAAGAAGCUUACAGUGACAGAACUGUUGGCCAGCAUGCCUGAUCCAACCCAGGAUGAAGUUCAUGGAGAUGUUGCUCCCUCUGAGGAGGUUGAGCAGGUGAUGGAAGAAGGGGAAGAAAUAAAGAUUGUGGAGCCUGGCAAGGAAGACGCAUCUAUUGACAGUGGAGAAGUUUUUGGAGUGGAUCCAAAGAAAGAGCAUUUCCGUUCAAUGGCCCCUGAUGCACCUGGUGGGCUUGGAGAUAUGGGGGACACAACCCCAGUGGAACCUCCCACACCUGAAGGGUCACCCAUCCUCAAGAGGAAAAUGGGGGUGGAAGGAGAAGAAGAGGAGGAGCCACACCCGGAACUGGAGAAGAUUGAGGAACCCCCUGCAGAGCCAGAAAAAGCUGAUGCUGAAAAUGGGGAGAAGGCUGCAAAGGAAGAAGAGGAGAAGAAAGAGGAGGAGAAAGAACCCAAGGAGGAAGAGCUACCACCACCAGCCAAGGAGAAGAAAAAGGUGGCUCAGCGGCCAGAGAAGAAAGAGCCUGAGCAGGGAUGCUCAGAAUUUUGGAAUGAGUUGGAGAUCCAAAGGGUCAAAUUUCUGAAUUACCUGUCCAGGAAUUUCUACAACCUACGCUUCCUUGCCCUCUUCCUGGCCUUUGCCAUCAACUUCAUCUUGCUUUUCUAUAAGGUGUCUGACACACCACCUGGUGAGGAAGAGUUUGAGGGCUCUGGUCUUGAAGGGGAUCUGGACACAGGAUCUGGGGCAAGCUCCAGCUUUGGUGCAGAAGACAAUGGUGGCAACGGGGACGGCAAUGGCAACGGGGAUGAGGAUGAUGAAGACAGUGUGGUCUAUUACUUCCUAGAGGAGAGCACAGGCUACAUGCAGCCAGCCUUACAGUUCCUGUCCAUCAUCCACACAUUGGUAGCUUUCCUCUGUAUCAUUGGCUACAACUGUCUCAAGGUGCCUCUCGUCAUUUUCAAGCGUGAGAAGGAGUUGGCCCGCAAGUUGGAGUUUAGUGGGCUCUAUAUCACGGAGCAACCAGAGGAUGACGACAUCAAAGGCCAGUGGGAUCGUCUGGUGCUCAACGCCCCGUCAUUCCCAAGCAAUUACUGGGACAAGUUCAUCAAAAGAAAGGUCCUAGACAAAUAUGGUGACAUCUAUGGGCGAGAAAGGAUUGCAGAACUUUUGGGGAUGGACUUGGCCAGCCUGGAAAUCACAGCCCAAAAUGAAAAGAAACCGGAGCCAGACAAAUCGUUCUUUACUUGGGUUAGUUCCAUUGACAUUAAGUACAAGAUCUGGAAAUUUGGAGUCAUCUUCACUGAUAAUUCCUUCCUGUAUCUCUUCUGGUACAUGGUGAUGUCCGUCCUUGGCCAUUACAACAACUUCUUCUUUGCUUCCCAUCUUCUGGACAUUGCCAUGGGUGUCAAGACACUGCGGACCAUCCUGUCCUCUGUCACCCACAAUGGCAAACAGCUGAUGAUGACUGUGGGACUGCUGGCAGUGGUGGUCUACCUUUACACUGUGGUCGCCUUCAAUUUCUUCCGCAAGUUCUACAACAAGAGCGAGGACGAGGACGAACCUGAUAUGAAAUGUGAUGAUAUGAUGACGUGUUACCUGUUCCACAUGUAUGUUGGAGUGCGAGCUGGUGGCGGCAUUGGUGAUGAGAUUGAAGAUCCGGCAGGGGACGAAUAUGAGCUUUACCGUGUGAUCUUUGAUAUCACCUUCUUUUUCUUUGUCAUUGUCAUCUUACUGGCUAUCAUCCAAGGUUUGAUCAUUGAUGCUUUUGGGGAGCUGAGAGACCAGCAGGAGCAAGUGAAGGAGGACAUGGAGACCAAAUGUUUCAUCUGUGGACUUGGCAGUGAUUAUUUUGACACGACACCCCACGGCUUUGAGACCCACACGCUGGAGGAGCAUAACCUGGCAAAUUACAUGUUCUUCCUGAUGUAUCUCAUCAACAAGGAUGAAACGGAGCACACUGGCCAGGAGUCCUACGUCUGGAAAAUGUACCAAGAGCGCUGCUGGGAUUUCUUCCCUGCUGGCGACUGUUUCCGCAAGCAAUAUGAAGACCAGCUCAGCUAGAGGCUUCCCUGGGCUAAACAGGAGGCAAGGCAGCUGCCCUGA